AUGGAGGAGGAGAAAACGCCUUUACUGUCUGAGAUUGAUAGAUACUCGGAGAAAGAUUCAUCAACAAACAUAUGCUUAUCGGAGACUGAGAUAAAAGAGGCGGGCUUCAAGAUAGACUGGUCUGAGGAAAAGCAUGACGAGAUUAAGAAAGCAAAUGUUGGUGGUACUCAAGUCCAAGGAUUUAAGGCAGCUUGGAAGAGAGCAAAGGCUCGGAUGGAUAGGGAUAACAAGGAAAUAAUAGCUGAUUUGAAAAAAGAUGACCGAUGCCCAAGAAUGGAAGGCAGCAUGGGAGAGAGCAAAGGCUCGAACGGAUAG